UCCCCAGCUCGGGGACGCUCGGGAAGAGGCGGGCCGGUGCCCUGCGCCCUGCGCUCGCCAUGGCCGCCGCGGCGGCGCCCUGAGCGGCUCGGCGGACCCCAACAGGGGCCGGGCCGCAGGGGCCGACUGCUGCUGCCCCAGCGCCCCGGGCCAUGCGGCCGCAGCCCUGGCUGUGGCUGCCGCUGCCGCUGCCGCUGCUGCUGCUCUGCUGCCCGCGCGCCGCGGCGCCCCCGCCAGGAGCAGAAAUAUCCAGUUCCCCUCAUUUGCGGGGAGGUUGGGGAUGUCAGCAGAACCAGGCUUCUAAUCCCAGCCCUGCUCCGCCAGACAACUCUCUUUCACAGCUGGCUGCUCCUCUGCACCCGAAGAUUCACCUGUACAAUGAGAAACAGGUUCUGCGUUGGGAGGCACCGUCCCCAGGCAAUGGCACCAGACCAGUGGUCUACAGGGUGCAGUUUAAAUACACCACUGGUGAGUGGCAGGAUGUCCAGUCCACAGGGGUGAACUGUACGCAGAUCACAGCGACAGAGUGCGACUUCACUGCGACCAGCCUCGCCGAUGGCUUCCUGCCGCACUUCAACGUCUACUUACGUGUUCGGGCGGAGCUGGGAGAACUCGCUUCUGCCUGGGUGACCUUGCCUGGGUUCCAACACUAUCAAAACGUUACUAUCGGGCCUCCAAAACACAUUGUGGUGACUCCAAGAAAAGGCACCCUUGUCGUUAGACUCUCGCCUCCCUUUCAUGUUGAUUCCUCCUUGGCCACGUUUUGGUAUUAUGUCCAUUAUGAGGAGACACCAGGAAUCCAACAGGUCAGAGGCCCUUUCAAGAGCAACUUCUUUUUGCUGGAUGGUCUGAAGCCCUUCAGACGAUACUGUUUACAAUUCGAAGCCCGGCUAUCCUGGAUGGCACAAAGCACCCCCAGACCCGGGCAGCUGAGCAACACAUCUUGCUAUGAAACAACAGCAGAUGCCUCCACCAAGUUGAAGCAAGUCAUCCUGAUCUCAGUGGGAGUCUUUACAUUGCUGUUGGCCCUGGCAGGGGCCUGUUUCUUCCUGGUCCUGAAGUACAGAGAAUUGGUUAAAUACUGUUUCCACACCCCACCAAGCAUCCCAGCACAGAUAGAAGAGUACUUAAAGGACCCAGUUCAACCCAUCUUAGAGGCCUUGGACAAGGACAGUUCACCCAAGGAUGACACUUGGGACUCGGUGUCCAUCAUUUCGUUCCCAGAAAAGGAGCGAGAAGAUGUUCUCCAAAUGCUUUGAAUCAAAGCUCUAGGCCAGCCCGCCGACCUCCGGCACAAGGACAUCGAGCAGGGAAACUGCUGACCUCCUGCCUGGACCUCACAGAGAACAGCGCCCCAGCGCCCUCCUCAGAGGCCUGCAGCACCCAGGGGAUGAUGGGUCUCCUGGGGAGUAUUUUUCUUUAGGAAUUUUCUGAGUCGUACAGGUUUCUAGAAUGAUUCUACAGAAAUAGCUCAGAAAAAUUAAGGCUUCUCUUAAACACUAUAAAAGCAGGUCAUUGUUUGAAACCUGACCCUGACGUGCCUGCGAUGACCUUUCCAUUGCUGGCUGGGCCAGGCGCCAGGCCUCUCCUUCACUCUGGUUUGGCAAAUGAGUUGUCCCAGUGAGAGACUUUCAUAUCUGGUCUGCUGGCUUAAAAUGUGAUCAAUCCUGUAAAUAUAUUCCGAAUAAUUUAAGUGGUUUUCUUUUUUAAGCUGGAAAUAAAAUAUUGUAUAGCA